AGAGCAGGGGUGUCAAACUGGCGGCCCUCCAGCUGUUGUGAAACUACAAGUCCCUUCAAGCCUCUACCUUUGGCAGUCAUGCUUGUAACUGUCAAUCUUGCAAUGCCUCAUGGGACUUGUAGUUUGGCAACAGCUGGAGGGUCGCCAGUUUGAUACCUCUGUUGCCAAACUACAAGUCCCUUCAAGACUCUACCUUUGGCAGUCAUGCUUGUAACUGUCAAUCUUGCAAUGCCUCAUGGGGCUUGUAGUUUGGCAAGAGCUGGAGGGUCACCAGUUUGAUACCUGUGGUUUAGAGGAACCAUAC